AUGACGUCCGCAUCUCGAUCGAUUGUUUCUCAGAGAGGUGCACCGAAGAAAAUCCACGACGGGCAUGUCUACAUCCGAGAGAAGACAAGUAAGGACGGUUUCACGCAGUUUUGGCGGUGUGAACGAGUCGGAGCCUGUAAAGCACGCUUGCAUACCUGCGUCUCGACUGGCGACGUAGUGAAGCUUAUCGGCAUCCACAGCGAUGAGCCGAAUCCAGCGGGCAUCGACAUCGCCAGUAGGUUAUGCACUCUGAAACGGCGCGCUCUAGAUAAUCAGGAAACCCCGCCGCAGCUCAUAGAGAGCGUCUUUGAGUCCUCGUCGCAAGCGACCGGGUUGGUCGCACCGAAGACGGAGACUCUAGCAAGGGUUGUCAACAGGACCCGCAAAGCCUCGAGACGUCCGCCCCUACUCCCGUCCAGUCGCGCGUCGAUUAUCAUCUCGCCUGAGUACACGGUGUACGAAAGCAGUCCUGGGCACUUCGAAUCAUUCCUCCUCGGGGACUCGGGUGAAGGCGAUGCCGACCGUAUCCUGUGGUUCGGUCGGCAGUCGGUAUCCGAAUGGAUCGGCCUCGUCUCCGAGGUCUACCAGGAUGGCACGUUCAGCCUGUCUCCACUCUUAUUCUACCAGAUCCUUGCCGUUCUGGCCGACCGAGACGGCUUCGUUCUACCCGUGUGCUAUGCCCUCUUACCGAACAAGACAGAGCACACGUACCGCCGGAUGCUCGGAAUGCUCCGUGAUACCUGGCCUUCAUUGAAUGCGUCGGCGAUAUCCUCAGAUUUUAAGAAAGGUCUCUUGAAUGCUUUCGUCGGCGCAUUCCCGGCUGCCGAGAUGCACGGCUGCUUUUUCCACCUCGUUCAGAAUCUGAAGAAAAUGCUCGGCGGUAUGCACCUCAUGGGUCGAUAUCGGAAUGACGCAGAUUUCAAUCUCGCCGCACGCAUGAUCACGGGCCUCGCCUUCGUGCCACCGGAAUGUCUCGAUAAUGUUAUCGAAGACCUUGCGGUACACCUUCCACAAGAACUCAUGCCAGUGCUCAAAUAUUUCGAGGAUGCGUACGUUGGUUCGCUGCUCCACAUCUUGCCCGACGGACGCGAAGUUCGUCGGGAGCCUUCGUUCGCCGUCGAGAUGUGGUCGGUGUACCAACGCACUCUAAAUGACGAUUCGCGCACAAAUAACUAUGCCGAAGCAGCUCACAAGAGGCUGCAAACCGAGUUCGGAGUCGAUCAUCCGACUCUUUGGAAGCUGAUUGAUGGUCUCCGGAGAGUACAGCAUCACAGAGAUCUGCGAUACGCCCGCCUCGUCGGCGGUCACUCUCCGGAGCCUGAACGCAGAAAGUAUGUGGAAGCCGAUAUAAGCUUGCGGCGAGUGGUCGAUAGUUUCCACAGUCGCACCUCGGUCGAAUUCCUACAGGGCGUUUCUAAAAACUAUGAAAUGAAUGCAUGA